AUGAAAUUCGCCAAAGUUCUUCAAGCAGAGUUAGUGCCCGAGUGGCGAAUAGAAUAUAUAGAUUACAAACAUCUUAAAAAGCUACUAAAACGUGUGGAAAAAGCACAUGAAUACGAAAAAACAGCAAAAAUCAGCCGUAAACCUGUUCUGAGUUACGAAAAUCGAACUUUGCGCUCAGAAGGGCCAAUACAGGCCCCCGGCGAACUAAAUUACCGCACCUGGAGUAUGAGUAGUAUUCCGGGAAUGAAACCUCUAAUAGAAAGAGUGUCGACCAGGUUCAGGGCUAGUUUCAGCUCUCCUCCCGUUCAUUAUCGAAAUGACAUUCAUAGAAGCGUGACUCUUGAUAAUUUAAUGGAUCACGUGAACGAUGAUGAACGCGUAUUUUUUGAAAAGUUAGACGAGGAAUUAGAAACGAUCACAAAAUUUUAUAAAAGAGAGGAAGCAAAAGCGGCAAAAAAUUUCGAAAUUCUAAAGGCUCAAUACAAAAAAAUGCGUGAACUCAGAAAAAAGCAAAGAUCACAAGAUGGCCGGUCUGUUCCCAUUGCUUUAGUCAAACGAAGUAUUGAUGGUCUUUCCAUGUCUGUGAGAACUAAUAAAAUUCAAUCUGAGAACGCAAUGGCAAGUUCGCCAGCCAAACUUAUAGAACAAGAGAAAUCUCUCGUAGAUUUUGAUUAUAGAGAUGCGCGUAAAAAAAUCAAAAAAGCAGUGUUUGAAUUUUAUCGAGGAACCGAAUUAUUGAAAAAUUUCAAGGUUUUGAAUAAAUAUGGAUUCGUUAAAAUUCUCAAAAAAUUUGAUAAGCUAGCAGGAUGGAAAGGAGGUUACAUAUAUAUGCAAAAAGUAAAUGAUAGCUAUUUUGUAACAUCCAAGGAAUUGGAUAGAAUUAUCAAAGAAACUGAGAAUUUUUAUGCAGAUAAGUUUGAAGGUGGAAGGCGAAGUGAAGCUAUGGAUAAACUUCGCCUUCCUGAUAAAUUGCAUCAAAUACAUCAUUUAUCAGUAUGGCGUGCUGGUAUUUACAUGGGCAUUAGUUUGGUUCUCAUCGUUCAGGUGUUUGGAUAUAUUUUUAGAUCAAAAAUUGAUGAUGCCUGGGAUAUAAUCUUACGAAUAUACGGUGGCUUUUUACCUCCCAUUCUGUUACCAUUGUUGUUUGGAUUGAACUUGAUCCUAUGGACCAAAGAAAGAAUAAAUUAUAAGUUUAUUUUUGAGUUUGAUCUUCGAGAAAAUUUGGAUUAUCAGCAAUAUUUUGAGUUUCGAGUAUUCUUUUCAUCCUUUUUCCCUGUCGAAUUUCGAGAUUUCUUUAUUGCGGACUGUUUAAACAGUUUAUCGUACACUUUUUUCACUAUGGGAAUCUUUGGUUGUGCCUAUAAAAAUGAAUGGAAUGACUUGCAAGGAUGUACUGCGGAUAUAGGGAAAUUCUUGCUUCUUGCUACACUUCCUCCUUUUUGGAGAUUAUUACAAUGUUUGAAACGUUUUUUGGACACCGAAAAAAAAUAUCCGCUACAUUUAGCAAACGCAGGGAAAUAUAUGUCAUCUAUUUUAGUUAUAAUUUUUGCAUCUCUUCAUCGAAGUUUUGUAGAACAACCUAGUUGGGGUGUGAUUUUGAUAAUAUCUCAGUGUAUAAAUUCACUUUAUACUUUCUCAUGGGACGUAAUGAUGGACUGGUCCUUGUUUCAACCGAGCGACAAUAUCUUUCUUCGGGAUGAAUUGGGAUUUAGCCAAAAAUCGGUGUAUUACUUUGCGAUUGUGUCAAAUUUCAUUUUGAGAUUUAGUUGGACGAUGAACUAUUAUUAUAAAGAUCAUGAUUCACUCAUCCUUUUUUUAAUAGGAUUUGCUGAAAUGCUUCGACGUUGGCAAUGGACCUUUUUCCGCGUAGAAUCAGAACAUAUUAUUAAUUGCGACAAACGUCGAGCAAUCAAAGAAGUUACUCUUCCAUUUCGUCCUGAACCUGGAGAACUUAAGACUGUUACAAUCCCACCUACGGGACGCAAUUCAACUGCGCAUGUUUCUACAUUUCUUUCACAAAGAAUUCGAGCUUCCAGAGACUUUGAGCCGCGCCAUAGAACCAUGACUGUUCCGCAUCUUGAUAGUGAAGCAGCGCGAAGACUUCGAGAACGCGAGCUCUCAUUAAGAGCAUUAGAAAGAUGUGAGACUUCUAGCAGCGAGAGAUCUGUCCACCAAGACAGGUUAACUUUGAACACAAACCAAUAUAAUAGUAGAAGAUUUAUAGAAGAUUACACUAGGGCACGGCGAAGAAUCCCAAGAUGA